AUGGGGAUCAAGGCUCUGGCCGAUGCUUGUCCCAACAGAAAGGCAAUAGUAACUUCCCUUCGUUGGGUGCUCUUAUAUUCCAGGAAAUCGCUACUGGUUCCACUAGUUGAAAGUUUCAAGCUAUAUGCAUCUACACAUGACAUGGGUUCUCGAGGAAGGAUGUUAUUUGACCUUAACGAGCUCCCAGCAGAAGUUGAAGAAGAAUCUGCUGCUGUCGUACCAAAAGAAUCUGCUGCUGUCGUACCACAAGAAGCCGCUGUUGUCGCAUCACAAGAAGCUGCUGUUGUCAUGUCACAACCUCAGAAAUCCCUUCCUGUUCCGACAACGUAUGUCCCAACAUUGUUUCAGCCAGGGGAAGGAUCACAGUCGCAGGGGAUAUUGAACAAUAAUGCCUUUAAGCAUGCAUCCAUUGGUUCUGGCUUUCAGCCUUUUGUGAGGAACAACCAAGAUUCAAACUAUACAAAGGAGCCGAUGAAGGUGGAAGAUAAUCAGAACUCUAGUAUAACAUCACCGUCCAUGGUGAACAAUCAAAUCACUGAUAGUGCUGCUCCGAAGGCUGAGACUUGCAAUCAGGUGUCACAAGCCGUUGAAAGAGAAGAAGGAGAAUGGUCUGAUGCAGAUGGCAUUUCUGAAAAUGCAGGGAGUAGCAACAAAGAUGAGUUCACUGGUACUGCAAGCACUCAUUUGAAGAAAGAAUCCCAAGAGAGCGAGUCCCAUCUUAUUAAAUCUGGUGAUGUGACUAAAGAUGAUACUGCUGUUGAAUAUAGUGAUGCUGAAAUGGUUGAUGUAUCUAAAGAUCUGGUUCAUGGUUCCACAGGAUCAGAGAACAUGCAAAAUUCUGAAUGUAAAGGAAAUCAGCCAGGUGAUGAUCUAGAUCCUUGCAACAGGUCAAAGGAUGUUAAAGGAGUGGCAGCUAAUUAUGCUUUGAGGUUUGCGAGCAACCCUGCAAAGAGACCUAAGUUAAAUGAACACAAAGAGGCCAUGCUAGGAAAAAAACGAGCUAGGCAAACUGUCUUCAUCAAUGUGGAGGAUGCGAAACAAGCUGGUACAAUGAAGACAUCAACACCCAGGAGGCAGUCAUCCUUUCCAGCACCGAUUGUUACACGUACUGUGAAGGAAGCUUCUCGUGGUGCUGGUGAAAAGGCUGCAGAAAAACAAAAUCAGCAAGCAAUCAGGGAUCAGAGACAACCUGAAAUGAUGGGAUCAGAACGAAGCAAUUCUGCCGAUCCUAGUGACCAACACACUGAAUCCAAUGGUGAUGCUGAGUUGGGUACCCAGAGCCGGUCAAAGAAAAUGAAUACAGACGAGCCAGCCUCAGAUGUGUAUCAGCAGCCUGUCCAAAGACAAGCUUCAUUGAAGCAAUCCAUGGACUUGAAGCAACAAAAGAGCCGACCAUUCUCUUGCCAAAGAACAGUUCUAACAGGACAAAACAAUGCUGAUCAGAAGCCAGCCAGCAAAAGGUCUAUUAUUUCCAAAAAGCAAACUUUUGUAAACAAUGUACAGUAUCAGGACUCAUCUGUUGAGCGACUUAUAAGGGAGGUGACAAAUGACAAGUUCUGGCACAAUCCAGAGGAGGCCGAACUUGAGUGUGUUCCUGGAAGCUUUGAAUCUGCUGAGGAGUACAUUAGAGUUUUUGAGCCUUUGCUUUUUGAGGAAUGCAGAGCUCAGCUUUAUAGUUCGUAUGAGGAGAGUCUUGAGGCUGUGGGAAGGGAUGCACAUGUAGCAGUGCGAGUAAAAACUGUGGAAAGACGUGAAAGAGGAUGGUAUGAUGUUGUCGUUCUACCGAUGCAUGAAUAUAAAUGGAAUUUCAAAGAAGGUGAUGUCGCUAUUCUGUCAUUUCCACGGCCUGGUUCAGCUGCUCCAUCAGGCCGAUCUAGUAGGAGGGAUAUGGGUUCAAAUGAGGAUGCUGAAUUGGAAUGUGGACGGCUUGUCGGUACUGUUAGGCGCCAUAUGCCUAUUGAUACACGUGAUCCUAUUGGAGCUAUUAUCCAUUUUUAUCUUGGUGAUUCAUUUGAUUCUAACAGUGAGGCUAAUGUUCUGAGGAAACUCCAACCUCGGAGUACAUGGUAUCUAACUGGACUCGGUUCUCUUGCAACAACACAAAGAGAAUAUGUUGCUUUGCACGCGUUCCGCCGUCUUAGUGGGCAGAUGCAAAAUGCAAUACUUAAACCAAGUCCAGAGCAUUUCCCGAAGUAUCAAGAGCAACCACCUGCCAUGCCAGACUGUUUCACCCCAAAUUUUGCUGAUCAUCUCCAUCGUAGUUUCAAUGGUCCUCAAUUGUCGGCAAUUCAUUGGGCUGCAACACAUACAGCUGCUGGCACAAGCAAUGGUGUCGUAAAGAAACAAGAACCAUGGCCUUUCACGUUGGUACAAGGUCCUCCUGGGACAGGGAAAACUCAUACUGUGUGGGGGAUGCUAAAUGUUAUCCAUCUUGUUCAGUAUCAACAUUACUAUGCCGCUUUGCUCAAGAAGCUUGCUCCUGAAAGUUACAAGCAAGUUAGUGGUAGUACCAGUACCAGCUCGGAGACUGUUGCGGCAGGGUCAAUUGAUGAACUAUUGCAGAGCAUGGAUCAGAAUCUAUUUCGCACUCUUCCCAAGCUUUGCCCUAAGCCUCGGGUGCUUGUAUGUGCCCCAUCAAAUGCUGCAACAGAUGAGCUUCUUGCUCGUGUUCUCGACCGUGGUUUUAUAGAUGGUGAAAUGAAGGUAUACCGCCCUGAUGUUGCCCGUGUUGGAGUUGAUUCACAGUCUCGUGCUGCACAAGCUGUUUCUGUUGAAAGGAGGACAGAUCAGCUUUUAAUGAAGGGCCGUGAUGAAGUAAUUGGGUGGCUACAUCAGCUGAAAGGUCGUGAGCAGCAGCUAUCACAGGAGAUUGCCUAUUUUCAAAGGGAACUCAAUAUGGUUGCAGCGGCUGGUAGAUCCCAGGGUUCAGUAGGGGUAGAUCCUGAUGUUCUUGCUCAAAGGGAUCGUAACCGUGAUAUUCUGCUACAGAAACUUGCUGCGUCAGUUGAAAGCAGGGAUAAAGUAUUGGUGGAGAUGUCGCGGCUGCUGAUAUUAGAAAGCAGGUUCCGUCCUGGCAGCAACUUCAAUAUGGAAGAUGCUAGGGCAAGUCUGGAAGCCAGUUUUGCCAAUGAAGCUGAGAUUGUUUUUACAACUGUGUCAAGUAGCGGGCGUAAGUUAUUUUCUCGCCUGACUCAUGGCUUUGAUAUGGUUGUUAUUGAUGAGGCUGCUCAGGCUAGUGAAGUAGGAGUCCUCCCUCCACUGGCUCUUGGUGCAGCUAGAUGUGUCCUGGUUGGUGAUCCACAGCAGCUCCCUGCUACUGUUAUUAGCAAAGCAGCUGGAACUUUGCUUUACAGUAGGAGUCUUUUCGAGAGGUUUCAGCAAGCUGGUUGUCCUACCAUUUUGUUGUCAGUGCAAUACAGGAUGCAUCCCCAGAUCCGUGAAUUUCCAUCAAAAUACUUCUAUCAAGGUCGCCUUACAGAUAGUGAGAGUGUUGUUAAAUUACCUGAUGAAGCCUAUUACAGAGAUGCACUUAUGGCACCUUAUAUCUUUUACGACAUGUCACAUGGUCGUGAGUCUCAUAGGGGUGGGUCAUCUUCAUAUCAGAAUAUUUACGAAGCGCAGUUUGCAUUGCGUUUGUAUGAGCACCUUCAGAAGUUCCUGAAAGCUAAUGGUGCCAAGAAGGUUUCUGUUGGUAUAAUCACACCAUAUAAGUUGCAGUUGAAAUGCCUUCAGCGGGAAUUCAAGGAUGUUAUGAAUACUGAGGAAGGGAAGGAUAUCUACAUAAAUACAGUUGAUGCUUUUCAAGGCCAGGAGCGUGACAUCAUUAUUAUGUCAUGUGUCCGUGCUUCAAACCAUGGUGUGGGUUUUGUUGCUGAUAUACGCCGUAUGAAUGUAGCUCUAACUCGAGCUAGGAGAGCUCUAUGGGUUGUUGGUAAUGCUAAUGCUCUCAUGCAGUCGUCUGAGGACUGGGCAUCACUAAUAGCGGAUGCAAAGGCCAGGAAAUGUUUUAUGGACCUGGAUAGCAUUCCCAAAGAUUUCUUACCCAUGAAGGUUCCAUCUAAUACUCCAGGUAGGAAUUCUUCCAACAACAUCCGGAACAUGAGAACUGGUGGUGGACCUAGACAAAGACACUUAGACAUGUUCUCAGAACCGAGGGCUGGUAUGAACAUUAGGCCUGAUGAAGAUGAGCGUCUGAAUUCUGUUACAAGAAAUGGUAGUUACAGGAAUUUGGAUGAUUUUGGCCGACCUGGUGAUCGCCCCAGGGAUAAUCUGCAGUUUGGAGUUCCCAGGAGGCCAAAUUCUUCUAAUGGAAGGAGAGAAGUGUAA